CCGUGGGGGAACGGGCGGGCAGGUGCUGCUGACGCGUGCGGCGUAUUUGGCGCUAAGCACGGCCGAGCGCGAGCAGUUGGAGGUGAGUGCGCUGGGCGCGGUGGCGCUGCGCGGGGUGCCGAAGCCGGUGGAGAUGUACCAGCUGGACGCCGUGCCGGGGCGCACCUUCGCCGCGCUGCGGCUUGACCGUUUGAUGCCGGAGCUUGACGACGGCGGGGACACGUCCAGCGGCGGAGAGGCCUCCGCGUCCACCGCCAGGAGCGGCGUCUCACACACCAUCGUGACCGUCUUGGCUGUGCUGCUCGGCACCUUUGCUGCCCCGCAGCGGCUGCGGGUGCUGCGGCCCCUCUGCGAGCGGUGGAGGGUCGGCGUGCCGCACGCGGUUGCAGCGACGCGUGAGGAGGACGCCUGCCGCGUGGCGAUGGGGCGGCUGGCGCUCAAAAUGAGCCGCGUGAUGGAGAAAAGCGCCAAGAGAGCUUCACUUGACGGCGAACCACGUAAAACGUCUCUGCCGCUCAUGUCUUUCUUUCGCAGUGACGAUGAGCUGCGCCUAUUCAACACCUCCGUUGGGGGAGAUGAGAGUCUCGGGAGGCGUCAGCCACGCAGCAGCUUCAGCCAGUCGUCAUUGUCCGCAAUGGAGGACUCAAUUGUCACCGUCCACGUUCGUCGGCGUGUGUAA